AUGAGCAUGGAGGAGAUGGUGAAAAAGAUCAUGGCUGAUCAAACCCAGUUAGCUGCUGAUGUGAGAAAUAACAUGUUGGCUACACAGAAAUUGGAGAAGCAAUUCGGACAGGAAAGAUGUUUAGGUGCGGAAGUAGAGAGACAUCUGAAAGAAAUGCAGAACAAGGCAUCUACGGAGUUGGCUAAUAGGUCUGUAGCUGGUCCUAAGGGUGUUGUAGAGGAUGUGUUAGUGCAAGUGGGAUCUUUGAUUCUCCCAGUAGAUUUUGUUGUGCUAAAUUUUGAGCCUGAGCUUGAGAUCUUGAGGCAGAGACUCGCUACAUUGCAUCUAAGGACCCUUUAUAGAGAGUGUACAUCUGGAGAUCGAUGGGAGCCUUUAAAUAGGGUGUUGGGUCCUCCACCCAAGCCCUCCAUUGAAGAAGCACCCAAGAUGGAGUUAAAAGCAUUGCCAGCCCACCUCAGGUAUUCAUUUCUGGGUGAAGAUAAAACUUUACCGAUUAUUUUGUCUGCAACAUUGUCUGAUGCACAGGUGGAAGCAACAUUAAUCAUCAUGAAGAAGAGGAAAAUAGCUUUGGGGUGGCAAAUGUCUGACAUCCAUGGAAUUAGUCCAGCAUUGUGCAUGCAUAAAAUAUAUAUGGAGGAAGGGCAUAAGUCGAGUGCACAACAUCAUCGGAGACUAAACCCAUUGAUGAACGAUGUGGUAAGAAAAGAGGUGAUAAAGUGGUUGGAUGCAGGGAUUGUGUACCCAAUAUUAGGCAAUAAAUGGGUAAGUCCAGUACAGUGUGCCCAAGAAAGGCGGAAUGAAAGUGGAUACAAUCAGAUUGUUAUUGCACCAGAGGAUCAGAAGAAGAUUACAUUCACUUGCCUGUAUGCGUUCAAACGCAUGCCAUUCGGCUUGUGCAAUGCCCCGACCACAUUUAAGAGAUGUAUGAUGUCAAUCUUUCAUGAUAUGGUGGAACUUUUUGUUGAAGUGUUCAUGGAUGAAUUCUCGGUGUUUGGUGAGUCUUUUGAACUGUGUUUGACUAAUCUUGAUAGAGUUCUUGCUAGGUGUGAAGAAACAAAUCUGGUGUUAAACUGGGAGAAAUAUCACUUUCUAGUUCGAGAGAGAAUUGUGUUGGGGCACAAGAUAUCCAAAAGUGGGUUGGAAGUUGACAAAUCUAAAGUGGAAGUUAUUGAGAAGUUUCCACCUCGCAUCACAGUAAAGGGAGUUAGAAGCUUCCUGGGACAUGUUGGAUUCUAUAGAAGGUUCAUCAAGGACUUCUCUAAGACUGCAAGACCCAUGUGCAGCCUGUUAGAGAAAGAGAUGAAGUUUGUUUUUAAUGAAAAGUCUUUGUAG